GUAACUAUUUCACCAUAGUCCCACCCUUCCAGACAAAAUGAGCAUUUAACUUUUGCGAUGUUAACAUCUUCCCGCCUGGCCUAUAGCAGAUUGAUGGCCGGGUGGGACACUUGCCGUUGUGACUGGGUGUCCACGCAGUACACAGCCAAUGACAUAUCACUACACCUGCCAGUGUCGUGUGAUCACUGUGACCAAUCACAGCGGAUCAUAUGUCGAUUGUAUACAAUGGAUGGUUUCAUGUCAUGCCAUUCAUUGUAUACAAUUAUGUUGUUAGCUGUGACUGGUCAAGGCAGUCACAUGAUACAGACAGGGCCAAUCACAGCCCAUCUGUAUAAUGUGAUCAGCUUUGCCCAAUCACAGCUAAUCACAACAAAAGACUGA